UGGAAACUCCCUCCUGCUUGUGAACAGCUGCUCGGGAUUCAUUCAGCGCUCCAACGAGAGGGCAGGGAGACAUCUCAUCUCUGCUAGGAAAUGAGAACAAAUCUGGAUUAGGAGAGAGAUCUGGACUCUUAAAGCCAAGUGGACUGGACUCCCUGAGCGGACGGUGGAUAAAAACUCUCCUAAGGGCACCUGCUAUGUCACUGCAGAUUUGAACUCCUUUAUCUUAUCCUGGAUCCAAAGAAGAACACUCAAACCUAAUGACAAAGCUCCCAAAUUCUUCUCCAGCACCCUCUCAUCACUGAAAUUGCUUUCCAUCCUUCACGUUUACAGCUUCAAAGCCUCCAGCAAUCUUCCAAAGGGGCAUUUUUUUGUCUAUGUUCAAAACACAGCUCGAAUAGCUUAUAAUUAUGCUGACUCUCAUCAUCUCUGUUUCUGCUGCUGCGUGACAGAGAGCUGAGGGAGAGGUGGAUUUUCUUUCUGAUUUAAGAUUAGAGAAGGUGGAAGACAAGAGGUAAACAGAGCCAGCGUUCAUCUAAACACUUCAGGGAUAAGUCUAGGCUGUAUUUGUCUGCGGUGGCUGAACUGCAGCAGGCAUCUUACACUGGAGUGGGACCACUCGGAGCAGACAAGAAGAAGAACCAAGCUCAUGGCCUCGGACAUCUCCAGAAGCAUGAGCCUGUAUCAGAUCUUCCAGCUGCACAGCAGAUCCACGUUCAUCCUGCUGCUGCUGCUCCUGCUCUCCAUCUCGCUGUGGACCCAACAAGCCGAGGCCGUGGUCCAUUCCAGCUUCCGCCGGCUCAGCGGGCGCGAAAAGAAGGAGAUGCAGAAGGAGAUUCUGAACAUCCUGGGCCUGCCGGACCGACCCAGACCCCAUCCACCACUGAGACCACCUUCCUCUGCGCCGCUCUUCAUGCUGGACCUGUACCAUGCCAUGUCUGUGGACGACGAAGAGGAAAUGGUUAUGAACGGACCCGGCCUGGGGAGGUACGGAGCUGCUGCGCAGGUCAACUACGCAGCUCUGCCAACCCUCAGCACACACACCCCACUGCUGGGAACUGUGGUCAGCGAGGCCGACACGGUGAUGAGCUUUGUGAACCUGGUGGAGCAGGAACGCAACCUCCUGCAGCCUCGUCCGUACUGGAAGGAGUUUCGUUUUGACCUCACCCCGCUCCCCCAGGGCGAGACGGUGACGGCUGCAGAGUUUCGGAUCUACAAGACGAUGACGGUCGGCCAGAGAGCAAAUCGAACAUUGCACAUCUCUGUUUAUGAGAUCAAACGAGAAAACAGGAACAGAGAGCCAGAGCUGGUACUGCUGGACAUGCAGUCGGUUCCUGCAGGACAGGAGGGCUGGCUGGCAUUUGAUGUCACCUCAGCCUCCAACCACUGGCUCCUCCAGCCUCGCAGCAACCUGGGCAUACGUCUCUACGUAGAAACCGAGGAUGACCGAUCUCUGUCUGCGGGCUGGAUUGGGUUGGUGGGUCGCAGAGGCCCUCGUUCGAAACAGCCCUUCAUGGUGACCUUCUUCAGACAGAGCCAGAUCCCCUGUCGGCCACCGCGAGCCGUCAGGCCCCAUCCCAGAAGGAAGAAACCCAAAUACGACCUCCCAAUCCCCACCAUCCACGGUCGGUCUCUUGCGAGUAAAGGUCAGCUCUGCAAGAAACAUGAGCUUUAUGUCAGCUUCAGUGAUCUGGGUUGGAAGGACUGGGUUUUGGCUCCGACUGGAUACUCUGCGUACUACUGUGAUGGUGAGUGCAUUCAUCCAAUGGGCGCCUGCAUGAAUGCCACGAACCACGCAAUCAUCCAGCAGGUGGUCCACCUCAUGAAGCCCAAUGAGGUCCCUUCAGCCUGCUGUGCCCCCACAAAGCUCAGCUCCAUUUCCGUCCUUUUCUACGAUGACAACAACAACGUGAUCCUUAAGAAGCAUCGCAACAUGGUGGUCAAGACCUGCGGAUGUCUAUGAGAGGAGGUGGAUGUGGUUCCACCAGUUUAAAUCACAAAUAAGGCAGGUCGGUUGUGCUUUAAAUGCUGCUUUAGGACCACAUUUUGAUUCAGAUGCUUUGAACAGCUUAUAGUUUAUUGCUUUCAUAUAGAUUUAUCACAGACAUUCAGCCUCAUAUCUAUUUAAAACAGAUUUAGUUUUCUACAGAAGGCAUGUUAUCACUGUAAAAAAAGACAUUUUCUGUACAGAAACAACUUGCAAGGGUUCAGUGUGCCAACAUCAAGCAUUUAAAGGAGUGUUGGUAUUUUUGUCGCACCAGUUAUGUGUGUAAAAGGUGACCAGGAAGUGUUAAACAGUCGUUGGGUUUCCAGAUCACAUAGACUAGAUGCCACAUUGGCACCAUUUAAAUGAUUAUAGUCCUGAUGCUGCUAGAAUAUUAAUAUUCUGUCCAGCAUGUUCAAACUUUAACCAAUGGGCUUCAGUUCUGAAGAAGGCAAAUGAUACUUCGACCAGUUUGAUGCCUCAUUUCUUGUAAAACUGUAAUAGAAUAUUUAGAAAGUGUAUCUAUUAAACUGUAAGAGAAAAUACAUUAAUUCAAUGGUAAAGUUUUAUGUAUAGAAAGUCUUAAAGGAAGUCAAAUUAAAUUGAUUGUUUUAUUAAAAAAAGUACAGUGAAAACA